AUUGGCUGUCAUUCUAGUAUUUAGUUGUGAGUGUGUGUAAUAUCAACGAAGGCUUUACUUUACCCGCAAUUUUUCGAUUUGAUGCAAUUUAGUGAUCUUUGAUGUAAAUUUUCAACGGCUUUAGAAACGUGUAAUCUGAUACUGAAAGAUGUCCCGGUUAGAUUUGGUGAUAUUUGGAGCUACAGGAUUCACUGGCAAACAUGCUGUGAUGGAAUGUGCUAGAAUUGCCAAGAAGAAGACCGGCCUCACUUGGGGCAUUGCAGGCCGGUCACAGUCAAAGCUGAAUGCUGUACUUGAGGAAGCAACUAAAAAGACUGGCGAGGAUCUGUCGUCAAUCCCGGUGCUUAUCGCGGAUGUUGGUGAUGAAGAGUCCUUGUUGGCGAUGUGUCAGCGUGCGAAAGUGCUGGUCAACUGCUGCGGCCCGUAUCGGCUGUACGGUGAGCCCGUGGUGGCGGCUGCGGUGCGAGCGAAGACACACUAUGUCGAUGUCAGCGGGGAACCACAGUUCAUAGAGACAAUGCAGCUGCGGUAUGACGGGCCGGCGCGGGAGGCGGGCGUGUACGUGAUCAGCGCGUGCGGCUUCGACAGCAUCCCCAAUGACCUCGGCGUCGUCUUCCUCGAGCAGAACUUUGAAGGUACUCUGAACUCUGUGGAGUCGUACAUAAGUACGCACGUGGCGGAGGAGCAGAGCGCACUGGCUCGCCGGCAUGGCGUCGUGCACCGCGGCACCUGGGAGUCUGUCGUAUACGGCGUGACGCAUCGCCGCGAGCUGCCCGCGCUCCGCAAACAGCUCUACCCCGACCGUCUGCCCCCCUUCACACACAAGCUCUGCAAACGUUCGAUACAUAAGAAAGAUGGAGGCUGGUGCGUCCCCUUCCCCGGAGCUGACUCCUCCAUAGUGUACAGGAGCCAGCGCGAGCUGCACAACCACACGAACAAGCGCCCCGUACAGUUCGCUGUCUACUUCCACUUCCCCAACCUCCUGUCUCUCCUCGCUGUGCUCUUUGUUGGCUUCAUCCUCGUCGUCUUCUCUAUGACGAAGGUCACCAGGAACUGGCUAAUUGACUAUCCGAGGCUCUUCUCUUUCGGCGCUGUGACUGAUGAUGUGAAGGAGGAGGUGAUGGACAAUACCUACUUCCAAAUGUUACUGUACGGAGAGGGCUGGGAGAAAGGAUCGGACGAAACUAAGCCGCCUAAUAAAAAGAUGGUCGCUAAGGUGUCAGGCAGGAACCCAGGAUACGGCGCGACCGUGGUGGCCUUGCUGCACUCCGCCCUCACCCUGCUGCAUCACACCGACCACAUGCCUCCACCCGGCGGCGUGCUGACCACUGCCCUCGCCUUCAGAGACACGGAUCUGAUACAGCGGCUGCAUCACGACGGACUCAAGUUUGAAAUUAUACAGAAAUAAAUCUCGCAAAUAUACCUCACUACUUACUAUAUGUCUGUUCUAAUAGAGAAAAAACUGAAACAGAACUACUUAACUUGUUUCAAAUUAAUAUUGCAAACUUUUAUCAUCUAAAUAAAAAAACACAAAUUA